GUAAAUCUUUUACAGGUCACCCGCUAGAACAGGUUGAUAUGGUUCAGAGCUCAUCAACUUUACUGUUAAGCUGUGUGCACUCAUGUGUUAGUCACAAGGUUGGAAACAAAGGUCAUCUAACAUUCUCUCAGUGCGUCACAAAUAUUCAGGAUGCUGAAAACACCAGACAUGCUCCUUCUCGUCUGUCUUGUCGGGGCAGCGAAUGCCCUGUACAAACAAUGGAUUCCUGACACCAACUAUGAGAACAAGACCAACUGGGACAAAGGAGCUGUUCCAUGUGGCAAUGACAUAGUUCAAUUUUCAGCCCAAAGACAAGUGUCUGUGUUUGUAGAGACCACACACGCUGUGCAGGAGAUGAGGUUGCCAGUCGAUGGAGAGUUCAUCCUGAAUUCAGGAGCUGGAUUUUAUGUUUUGGCAGGACAAGAGCCGGGCUGCGGACAAGGUGUCACCACCCAGUUCAAAGAUUCAGACUCUCUGCGGUGGUUUAACCCAGCUCUGUGGCAGGUGGCUGCAACUCUGGAUGACCUGCAGGGUAGAAACUUCCUGUUCUCAGUCCACGAGGAGAGUGUCCCUUGCCAGUAUGAUGAUGUGGUUUUUAAAACGCUCUCCUCCUUCAGAGUGGACACCAGCUCCAGUCAGUCUGCCAUUCCUGUAAAAUCUGUGUCUGUGCGAGGGAAGGUGUUUGAUAGCAGAUCUGAGUUUUCACAGUAUCUCAGCUCACGCUCAGGUCGGCUGCAGUUUCACGGAUCCUCUGCUGUCACUGUUGGGAACCCAGGCUGUGACGACCCUUCUGGCUGCGAGUGUGGGAAUUCUGUAAACCAUCAGCAGAUCUGUAGCAGUGUAACAUGUGAAUCUUUAAACUGUAAGAAGCCUCUCCUCCCUGUAGGCCACUGCUGUGAGGUGUGCGGUGCCAUCGUCACCAUCCAUUAUGGUGCUGAUUUCAACCUGCAGACUUACAGGCAACGGGUCUAUCACCUUUUUCUCGUGCUGCCUAAAUACAAAUCCAUCCAGCUGGGCAUCUCUAAAGUCUCCAAGUCACAGCGUUUGAUGGGAAUCAUCCCUUUUAGUAUCUCACCUGAGAUCCAGGUGGCUAUUUUGGAUGGAGAGAAUGGAACACAGGCAGAAGCUCUGGCCUGGGACAUAGUGAAGGAUGCCCGUUCUCAUGGCUCUACCCUCGGAAUCACUGGGGCUGAAUUUCAAGCCUCCUCUGGUAGCAGCAGCAGCAGCAAUCAGUCUGGAGGCAGUGCAGGCAUGGUGGUUGGAGUUGUGUUUGGAGUUUUAAUUAUGAUUACACUCAUUAUCAUUGUGGUUGUCCUGAUUCGUAAAGGCGUUGUUCAAAUGCCAUCAAUGCCUUCAAUGCCAUCUCUGAGCAGCUUGAAGAGAAAGAGAAGCAGUGAUAUUGGAGAACUUGGUGGGUCUCUUGACCAUGGAUUUGAGAACCCCAUGUUUGACAAGCCCACCAUGCUGCCUGAUGUUCCUGGUCUGUAUGGGAACGAAACAAAUAAUUCAAUCUCCCUGACUCAGACAGGUGUGUAUUUUGUAAAUCCAGCUUAUGAUGAGAAUGAAACUGAUUUUAAUGCCUGAAAUUGACUGCAAUGAACAUGUUAAUGAUU